CCAAGCAGAAGCAGAGGUUUGUGGACAGCGAGCUGGAGAGAGGAGAUAGUGUGUUUCUCCAUGACAUUUACAUUUCCCUUAGUGUCUGAGAAGUAAACCAAGCAAAAACUGUAAGUUCGAGGGCGUAAACUCGCUUAUCUUCAACGGCCACCAUGCUGGAGGACAAGAAGACCAAGGUGAAGAUCACCUUCCUGGUUAUUCUGGUGGGCAUCUCGUCCAUGUUGGCGGCCGUGGUGACGGACCACUGGGCGGUGCUGAGUCCCAGGGUGGAGCGUCUGAACACAACCUGUGAAGCGGCCCACUUUGGGCUCUGGAGGCUUUGUAAAAAGAGCAUCUUUAUUGUGGAGGAAGACCCUGAGGGCAAGGGCUGUGGUCCUAUCAGUCUGCCAGGAGUCAAGAACUGCUCCUACUUCAAACACUUCACAUCAGGGGAGGAGGCCGAAGUUUUUGAAGUAAAGACUCAGAAAGAGUACAACAUCUCUGCUGCUGCGAUAGCCAUCUUCAGUCUGGCCUUCAUGACACUGGGCAGUCUCUGUCUCCUGGCGGCUUUUGGGAAGAGCAGAGAUUACCUGCUGAGACCAGCUGGCAUGUUCUUUGCUUUUGCAGGCCUGUGUAUCGUCAUCUCCGUAGAGGUCAUGAGGCAGUCGGUCAAACGCAUGAUUGACAGCGACGAGACUAUAUGGAUCGAGUACUACUACUCGUGGUCGUUCGCCUGCGCAUGCGCAGCCUUCACGCUCCUCUUCAUCAGCGGUAUCUGCCUGCUCAUCAUAUCCAUGCCGCACAUGCCCAGAAACCCCUGGGAAACCUGCAUGGAUGCGGAGCCGGAGCCCAUAGACUAAUAUAAGGUUAAGAGGAGGGUAAGAGCCAGAUGUGUAAAUGGCAAUGGAUGCACUGAUACUUUUUAAUUCACUUAAGCAUUGACAAAGACGUCUAAUUACUUAACUUAUAUGAAGUAUCAAUAAUAUAAAUUUUGUAUGUUUUAAAACAUUUUUAUGUGCAUGUGUGCUUAUAAACAAUAGAUGACAGCUUAGAAUGUACACUGAGACUUUAUUAAAUGUAACAUUUACAAUCAUUUCUGAAAUAAUACUUUAAGAAUACUACAGUCUUUGAUAAUUGUAUGGGGAAUAUCUCAUGUCACAUCUACAAAGUGGCAAUUUUAACAUGUUUUAAUAAAUUAUCUAUAUGGUAUUUUGAGCUAAAACUUCACAUGUGUACUCUGGGGACACCAAAGAUUUAUUUUACCUCUUAAAAAAAUGUCCCCUUUUAACAUUUCGGUAACGCUUUACAAUAAUAUUGCUAAAUGCAUUAGCUAACCUGAACUAACAAUGAGCAAUAGAGCUUUUCAGCAUUUACUAAUAUUUGGUAAUGCCAAGACAUUUAUUCAUUUUAAUCAAUGGUGCAUUAACUAAUGUUAACAGUAAAAACUUUUUAUUUUGAUAAUAACAGCAAAUAUGGACUAACAUGAUGUGAAACAAUAACAAUACGAUAGUACAGGUUUAUACUUAUAAGGUUUUUAAGCUGUGCUGUAUUCUUUUAUGCAAGUCACAUAAAGAUUUAAUGUCUUAGUGAACCUAUGAUUUACGAUGUUUGAUGAAUGCAAGUUUGUUUGCUGUGUUGACAUUUUCUAUAGGAAACAGAGCUCAUUUUAAUAAUCAAUACUUCAUAUGCAUUACAUCAUAGCCCAACAAAUCCAGGAUUUGUUAGCAACUGGCAUUUAGUGAAAGGGACAUUGUCAUACUGUAUUGCAGAAAAUAUAUACAACCCUGCAAAAAAUGAUGUCAGGUUCAUUUACUAGAAUGCACAUGUCUGCUAAUAGUCUAUUUGAUAAGUUUAAGGACUAUAAUGGAAAUUGUUCAGCCAGUUUAGAUUUCAUGAGGAUUCAUAUUCAAUAUUUAUGAUAUUGAUACAAUUUUAAUGCUUUUAUUUUGUAUUGUUACAUGCAACAUUAUCCAACAAUUUGAGUUUUUCAGUAGGCCAAAACAAGACAAUCAGAAAGUUUGAUAGAUAAGAGGUCACUAUUCAAACUAUUUUAGGGUUCAGUGUUGUUGUGUUGUGUAUAGAUGAGCUACAUUAACAUAUUGUUGCAAAUAAAUUGCAUUCUUACAUCAACACUAUCUCAUCAGUUUAUCUUUGCUGGUGCUUAAAUUCAUAAUUUAUUAAGAAAUGAUGUAAAAGGAUCUUGCCCACAUUAAAGUCAGCAUGAAUACAUGACUUUUUAAAUACAUCGCUUAUUUAAAAAAAGAAAAAGUCUUUAACCGAAACGCAUAAACAUGCUCAGACUCUUUUCGGCUGACCUUACUUAUUAUUAUCGUAUUAUUCAAGCGCUGAUCAAGUUGAAAGCACUUUGCAGAAUCCAAUCAAUGCUCGAUUAAAAAGGUAGAUUUAAAUCUCAUUGCAUAGUCACUCUAAAAAAGUUGACUUUAAUGGGAUUUCCUGAUCAGCAGCCAAAUAUAUUUGAACUUCAUUUCUUCACACUAGAAAAUGUGGCCAGACAGAUUCAAAGGGAGCGACUGGAUCUAUAAAUAGUCAAAAGGUUGUUUUAAGGACUCCUUGUGUAUGUGUGUGAGCAUGUGAAUGUUUAUAACAGUAUUUCCUAAUGGAUUGUUACUUUUGGCCAGGACAUAUUAUAUGACCCAAUCAGCUAAGAUGUUUAAUUAAAGCUAUAAACAUGAUCAAAAAUCAAUACUUCAGAUCUACUUUCUCAGCAGUGCCAAACGUAUCAUGUAUAGAUAUUCAAAACUGAAUCUUGUCAAUUUUUGUCUUUAUACCAGCACAGGUCUCAAAGGGAACAUAUCAUGAAAAUUGGGUCUCCAGUGCUUCUAUCAACCUAGAAAAUAUGAAAAGGAUCAACCCAGUAACUUAGUAUUGGUAGACCAUUGAAAUUUGGCUCCCCUUAUUAUAAUAAUAUGCCCCUUAAACUGCACUAUCCAACCAUGACACUGCCAUUUGGUGCAAACACAGAGAGAAAGAGAAAACAAUUGACCGCACAAUUGGUUUCAAUUUCAUGAAACCACUAUUAUGGUGAUCAGUGUUUGCAUUUCAUCAGCUCAUUUGCAUUUAAAAGGACACACCCAAAAAUGGCACAUUUUUGCUCACACCUACAAAGUGGCAAUUUUAACAUGUUAUAAUAAAUUAUCUGUGAACACCAAAGAUUUAAUUUUACAUCUUAAUAAAAUCUUGUGAAAUGUCCCCUUUAAAAUCCCCCUGCCACUUAGCUCGACGGUAGUGACAGCCGUGGCAGUUCACCUGUCACUCAAGUGGCCACGCCCUUAUUUAUGCAAAACUUUAAGGUAUAAUAUAAUUUAAACGGAUGAGUUAAAAAACGUAUUCCCUCUCACAGUUGUCAAAUUAGCUAUAUAGACCAAAUCACUUCUUGUACCAGGUUGUAAACACCUUUAUUUCUGCUGUCAAGUUGGGCAUUUUAACAUGGAGGUCUAUGGGAAUUGACUCCCUUUUGGAGCCUGCCUCUAGUGGCCCGUCGAUGAAUUGCAGUUUAUGUCACUUACAUGUUGCCUUCAAAAUAGAGAUUGGAAGGUUGCCCCUUGGUUUUAAGGGAUAAAUCUUUAUUUAAUUAGUGGAUAUUUAAAAAUAAAAACACUAAGAUUUAUAUUCCAAAAAAGGAAGCAAAAUCAAGAGUAGGUAAGGCACAAAAAUACUCUACAACUGUUACCUAAUGAAAUCUUUAAAUAUCCAAAUCCCAUAUUCUUACGGCUCAUUUUCAGGGUUCCCACACCUUAGUUAACUUCAAAUUCAAGGACUUUCCAGGUCCAAUACCCUCAAAUUCAAGGACUAAAUGUGGGGACACAUUUCAAGUGAGAGCAAGGUUACAUUGUGUUACCUUUUAAGAUACAUUGU